AUGAGGAAGUCAGGGUUCUACACGAAGUCUCUUUUUCCCGGGGUCCAGUCAGAAGACCCAGAAUUGAAGUCCAUCAUCUUUGUGACUUUUCUGUUCAUGUACCUGAUCACUGUGCUUGGAAACCUGCUCAUCAUCCUGGCCGUCAUCUCAGACACUCAUCUCCAUGUACCCAUGUACUUCUUCCUCUCUAACUUGUCCUUUGUGGACCUCUGCUUCACUUCCACUACCAUCCCCAAGAUGCUGGUGAACAUCCAGACACACAGCAAAGCCAUCACCUAUGCGGGCUGCAUCACCCAGAUGCACUUUUAUCUGCUGUUUGGUUGUUUGGAAGUCAGUCUCCUCUCUGUGAUGGCCUAUGACCGUUUCGUGGCCAUCUGCCACCCCUUGCACUACAUGGUCAUCAUGAACCCCCGGCUGUGUGGGCAGCUGGUUCUAGUUGGUUCUUGGUUUCCAAGCACCGUGAAUUCUUUAAUACAGACCUUCAUGACAUUGCAGCUGCUCUUCUGCACAGAUGUGGAAAUCCCCAACUUUUACUGUGAACUCAAACAGAUCAUCCCUCUGGCCUGCUCUGACACAUUUCUCAAUAAUGUGGUGAUGUACUUUGCAUCCGUUCUGCUGGGUAGUUGCCUAGGUGGGAUCCUUUAUUCCUACUCUAAGAUCUUUUCCUCCAUCCGUGGAAUCUCUUCAGCUCAGGGAAAACUUAAGGCAUUUUCUACCUGUGCAUCUCACCUCUCAGUUGUCUCUUUAUUUUUUUGUACAAGCCUAACAAUGUACUUUAGCUCUGCUACUACUCACAGCUCACAGUCAAGUUCAGUUGCCUCAGUGAUGUAUGCUGUGGUCACGCCCAUGCUGAACCCCUUCAUCUACAGCCUAAGAAACAAAGACAUAAAAACGGCCCUCCAGGCAUUCUUCAUGAAGGGGACCAUCCAAAGACACUUGUCCUAG